AUUUAAUCAAAAAAAUUAUUUAAUUUUGAUGACUGAUAAAAGAAUAGACAAAUAUAUUUUUAAUGUGAAGGAUAGGAUUGGAUAAGGAUCUUAUGCUGAAGUUUUUAAAGGAACGAAUGAAAAAACUGGAGAAAAAGUAGCUAUCAAAAUGUUAAGCAAAUCUGUAAUAAAUGCGUAAUUUAAUUUACUUAUCUAUUUAGAGAUGAUUAUCUCAGAGAAGGAUUGAUUUAAGAAAUUAAAAUUAUGCAAAAAUUAAAAAGUCCCAAUAUAGUCUAAUUACUAGAUGUCAUGGAAACAAACAAUAAUUAUUAUAUUGUUUAAGAAUACUGUGAUGGAGGAGAUUUUGAUGAGUAAGAUUAUUAUAUUUUACUUUAAGACUUCUCAAAAAAAGGAAGUUACUUCCAGAAAAAGAAGCAAUCAAAUUUUUAAUUGAUGUAUUAAAUGGAUUUACACAAUUAAUAAAAAAUGGUAUAAUUCAUAGAGAUCUGAAGCCUGCAAAUAUAUUAUUAGACAAAUAAGUAAGUUUAUAAAUUUUUAUGAAGACUUACAAAUUAGCAGAUUUUGGAUUUGCAAAAUGUGUAGAUAAUUUUAAAAAAACAAUGAUGGCUUCAAUGGUUGGUACUCCUUUAUAUAUGAGUCCUUAAAUCUUGGAUCAUAAAAGAUAUAAUUCUAAAACUGAUGUUUGGAGUAUAGGUUUUAUAUUCUAUGAAGCAUUAUUUGGAAAAAGUAUAUAUAAAUUUAUUCAUUUAAUUAGCACCAUGGACAGCAAGAUCACCAGCAGAAUUAUUAAAAAAUAUUAGAACUUAGCCUUUAAAAUUUCCUACAGAUAAAAAUUAAGUCUCAUAAGAAACCUAAGAUUUAAUUAUUGGAUGUCUUCAAGCUGAUGAAAAUAAAAGAUUAUCUUGGGAAGAAAUAUAUAAACAUCCAGCUGUUAGUCAAUAUUUUUCAGUAAAUAAUUUUAGUUUAACAUUUAAGGAUUUUAUUAAAGGAAAUAGUAAAUUAGAAGAUAAAGCUUAAUAUUUAAUUAAUGAUAUUAGAUAAAUGAUUUGCAAAGAAAAAAUUGAUAUCCAUAAAUUAUUUGCAGAUUUAGACAUGUCAAAGGAUAAAGCUUUAGAUGUCAAUGAAUUAGGCAAAUUUUUAUAAAAAGUAGAUAAAGAUAUCACUAGAGAAGAAACUGAGUAUAUAUUUAAUAAAUUUGAUGAUGAUGGGAAUAAUUAGAUUGAAUUUGAGGAAUUUAAAAAAUGGUUAGAAGAUAAUCAAGUAAUUAAUAAUGAUAAAUUAAUAGAUUGUUACAAAUGCUAAUCCGUAACAAUAAUAAAGAGGAGGUGGAUCUCAUAAAAAGUUAUCUAUUCUUCCUCAAUAAUUAAAAUCUCAAAGUUCUAUAGAAGAAAGAGCUAAUUAUGUAAUAGAGAAAUUAAAAUUAUCAAUCUAAAAAUAUAAAAUCAAUUUGUUAGAUUUAUUUAAAAAAGUGAUUAUUAAUAUUGAUAAAUUUAGUUUGAUAAAUCCUCAGAUUAAAGAUUAGAUAAAAGUGAAAUGGGAUUACUGCUUAAAAGAAUUGAGCCAAAUAUUUCAUAAGAGGAAAUAAUAGCAUGUUUUGAAUUUUUUGAUGAAAAUGGUGAUGGUGAAAUCACAUUCUAAGAAUUUUAGACAAGUUUAAGUGAAGAAGUUGGUAAAAAGAGAUAAAGUAUAGAUCACCAUGAAUGAAAUAUUUGCAUUAUCAUAUAGU